AUUGAAUAAAUCAUAUAUACUUGGCAAAACUUUCCUAGUACCUACAUAUUCUCUCCGUGAUGAGUUCUCACAAAUGCCUGUUCAAAGCUUACUUCUUUCACUCCAUCAUCACCUUCUUAUUCUUCUUGAUCACGUCCUCACUAUCCUAUGGCCAAGAAAAUGAACAGUAUACCACUUGUAAUAGCUCCUACAGCUGUGGGAAUAUUCAAAAUAUAGGCUUUCCUUUUUGGGGUGGUGAUCGGCCUCAAGAAUGUGGUCUUCCAGAAUUCGAGCUUGAAUGUGAAGCCAACGAGGAUCCCGUUAUAAAGAUUGAUAAUCAUAAUUUCCGCGUGCGUGCCAUCAAUAAAGAUACGAGAACCAUGAGAAUUGCACGCAAAGAUCUUGAAGAUGACGUUUGUCCUGAUAGUUUUGGCAACACUACCUUGAACGAUGCCCUUUUCCACUAUGGUCCCGACCUGCAAGCUUUCGUCCUGUUAUAUGGUUGUCCUUUCAGUAUGCCUUCAGAGUGGAAAAAUUUCUCCUUUAGCUGCAAUAACACUGGAGACUCCAGUCUUGGUUUCUAUCCAGAUGAGUCGUUUUCAUCAUUUUGGGGACCAAAGUACCCAAGUUGUAAGUUUAAGGUCGUGGUUCCUGUUAUGAUACAGGAAUUUGAGCAGUUUGAGAACCAAGGAAGUACGAAAAUAUUGGAGCUUUUGAAGCAAGGGUUUGAUGUGGUUUACAACAAAAGCGUAGAAUGUAUGGCUUGUGAGAGGUCAAGGGGUUUAUGUUGGUUAGAUACAGAUACUAGGGAGCAAACGUGCCUUUGUCAGGACCGAACUUAUUCUUACAACUGCGGUUAUGUACCGGAUCAAGGUACUAAAAGAGCUAUCAGAGUGAAUGUUGUCCUAGUAAUCUACUGCAGUGUAUCUAAGAAAUCAUGCGGUACAUGCCUUUUGUUACCAAAGAAGAGGAGAGAACAUCAGAAUAUUCAGGCCUUCCUCAGACAAUAUGGAUCCCUAGCCCCUAAGGCAUACAGUUAUUCAGACAUUAGGAAAAUGACAAAUUCACUUCAAGAGAAGCUUGGACAAGGGGGUUAUGGUGGGGUCUAUAAAGGUAACCUUAAUGGACAUCCUGUUGCUGUAAAGAUUUUAAAUUCGACCAAAGGCAAUGGAGAAGAAUUUAUAAACGAAGUUGCAAGCAUCAGUAAAACUUCACAUGUCAACGUAGUUACUCUAUUGGGAUUUUCUUUUAACGGUCGAGAAAGAGCUCUUGUUUACGAAUUCAUGCCCAAUGGAUCGCUCGAUCAACACAUUUAUGGUGAAGAUUCUAAGUUGGGAUGGGAAAAUUUGUACAAAAUUGCGCUUGGGAUAGGACGAGGACUGGAGUAUUUGCAUCGAGGAUGCAAUGCACGAAUAUUGCAUUUUGACAUAAAACCUCACAACAUCCUUCUUGAUGAGGAAUUCUGUCCCAAGAUAUCUGAUUUUGGCCUAGCAAAACUAUGCCUUGAGAAAGAAAGCGUGAUAUCGAUGUUGGGAGCUAGAGGAACCAUUGGUUACAUUGCUCCGGAAGUAUUCAGUAGAAAUUUUGGAGGCGUCUCUCAUAAAUCUGAUGUUUACAGCUACGGAAUGAUGGUUCUUGAAAUGGUUGGAGGAAGAAGGAACUACACUGCAGAAAGAAGCCAUCAUAGUGAAAUAUACUUCCCUCGUUGGGCUUAUCAAUGCCUAGUAACAGAUGAAGAUUUGAAUAUACAACGCAUCACGACCAUUGAAGAAGAAGAAAUUGCAAAGAAGAUGAUAUUAGUAGGUUUGUGGUGCAUUCAAACUGAUCCCUCUCAGAGACCACCAAUGAGUAAGGCAAUUGAAAUGCUGGAAGGUAAGUUAGAGGCCAUUCAAUUCCCACCAAAACCUUUCAUAUGUUCUCCCUCACGAUCUGAAGGAUCGUGGAUGAUCUCUUUGGAGCAACCAACGAUGCCCUUUAUCUAUUCUUCUUCGGGUUCAAUACUUGAUUCUACAGCCUCAGCAGGUGAAGAAUGACAUUUGAAUAAGAAAUGUUUGGACAUGACUUACAAACACUCAUUGAAGAAUGAAACAGACAGAGACGGAGAUCUAAUAAAA